AACCAUAGACUCCUCCCAGAGGGUGGAGCUACGGUGGCGGCCUGCGUAAGCGGGGGCACUCAGCUCUCCCGGAAGUCUCCCUGGGCUGAGGCGGAAACGGAAACCUACCUAGGGCCGAGUGGAAGCUUGAAGCGUGCGGGGGCUGCUGUCGUUUGCCCUUAGGCCUCAUGGCGGUCCGAGCGUCUUUCGAGAACAACUGUGAGAUCGGCUGCUUUGCCAAACUCACCAACACCUACUGCCUGGUGGCCAUCGGAGGGUCGGAGAACUUCUACAGUGUGUUCGAGGGCGAGCUCGCCGAUACCAUCCCCGUGGUGCACGCGUCCAUCGCUGGCUGCCGCAUCAUCGGGCGCAUGUGUGUGGGGAACAGACAUGGUCUCCUAGUGCCCAACAACACCACUGACCAGGAGCUACAGCACAUUCGCAACUGCCUCCCAGACUCAGUGCAGAUCCGGCGGGUGGAGGAGCGGCUCUCAGCCCUGGGCAAUGUCACCACUUGCAACGACUACGUGGCCUUGGUCCACCCAGACCUGGACAGGGAAACAGAAGAAAUCUUGGCUGAUGUGCUCAAGGUGGAAGUCUUCAGACAGACAGUAGCUGACCAGGUGCUAGUAGGAAGCUACUGUGUCUUCAGCAAUCAGGGAGGACUGGUACAUCCCAAGACUUCAAUUGAAGACCAAGAUGAGCUGUCUUCUCUUCUUCAGGUCCCCCUUGUGGCAGGCACUGUGAACCGAGGCAGCGAGGUAAUUGCCGCUGGGAUGGUGGUGAAUGACUGGUGUGCCUUCUGUGGCCUGGACACAACCAGCACAGAGCUGUCAGUGGUGGAGAGUGUCUUCAAGCUGAACGAAGCCCAGCCUAGCACCAUUGCGACCAGCAUGCGGGAUUCCCUCAUUGACAGCCUCACCUGAGUUACCUUCCAUUGCUGUUCUGCGGGUUCCUGCCUCUGGACUUUGGCUCCCUCUGCCCCACCCAGCCAGGCAGCCAGUUGGCAGAGAACUGACUGGGAGUGAGUGGCUGAAUGCCCAGCUCUUCACCUGUGCCCAUCUCCUGAAUCUACAGUUACUUCAAACAUCUGCCAUGUUGUGCUGUCUGUCAGGCCUUAACGGCUCCUGACUGACCACUCUCUUUCCUGUACCACCCCCAUUAAAAGGCAGCCUGGCUAUUCUUGAA